AUGUCAAACCCAAGACCGACCGAAGAGGAUGUGAACCCGCAGCCAGUACCCAAGGAGGAAAUCACCGAACCAGAAGGUGUUCCACUCGAUGAGGGUAGACUGAAGCAAUUCUUCAUUGGUUCUAUCGACCAAGGAACCACAAGCACUCGAUUCAUCAUCUUCGACGGUGUAGGAGACCCUGUUGCGCAACACCAGAUCGAAUUCAAGCAAUAUUAUCCCCAGUCUGGAUGGCACGAACAUGACCCCAAAGAGAUUAUUACAUCGGUGGAGGAAUGCAUUGAUCGAGCGACCAACAUUUUCCUGGAUCAAGGGCAUGACGUCUCUGAUAUCAAAGCAGUUGGUAUCACCAAUCAACGUGAGACGACAGUUGUUUGGGACACCAAGACUGGAGAACCACUGUAUAAUGCAAUCGCAUGGCCGGACACGAGGACGAAAGGGCUGGUUCGUGAGCUAAAAAAUCGCAAAGGGGCUGACGAAUUGCUGAAUAUAUGCGGGCUCCCAUUGUCAACUUAUCCGUCAUCGGUUAAGCUACGGUGGAUUCUGGACCACGUGGAGCCUGCUCGGAAAGCCUACGACGAAGGCCGGUUAUCGUUUGGUACCAUUGAUACAUGGAUCCUCUAUAACCUCAAUGGCGGGAAAGAAGCCGACAUUCACGUGACCGACGCUACCAACGCAUCGAGAACGAUGUUCAUGAACCUGCACACCGUUCAGUACGACGACAAGCUCCUCGAAUUUUUCCAAUUCGACCGCAAAAAGUUGAACUUGCCCAAGAUUGUUCCCUCGUCGUCACCCGACGCCUUUGGAUUCUUGAGAACUGGUCUACUGAAAGGCAUUCGCAUAGCAGGAUGCCUGGGUGACCAGUCGUCAGCUCUUGUCGGUCAACAGGGGUUUACCCCCGGCUCUGCAAAGAACACAUACGGAACCGGAUGCUUCCUGUUGUACAACGUGGGGGAAAGGCCGGUGAUCUCUACCCAUGGCCUGCUCGCUACUGUGGCCUACGAUUUUGGCGGCAACCGGAAACCAGUCUACGCACUUGAAGGCAGUAUUGCCGUCGCAGGCAGUGGUGUGAAGUUCCUUAUGAACAACAUGGGCUUCAUUACGCAUUCCCACAAAAUCAGUGACCUUGCAGCAUCAGUGAAGGACAAUGGUGGUUGCGUCUUUGUUACAGCAUUCAGUGGCUUGUUCGCUCCCUACUGGAUAGAUGAUGCAAAGGGCACAAUCUUUGGUAUCACACAAUUUACCGAGCGGGGUCACAUAGCACGUGCUACCCUUGAAGCGACUUGCUUUCAGACGAGAGCCAUUUUAGAUGCCAUGGAACUUGAUAGCGGGCAUAAGCUAAACAUGCUUGCAGUUGAUGGCGGCAUGAGCAAUUCGAACCUAUGCAUGCAGACCCAAGCGAACAUUAUCGGUAUCCCCGUCGAUCGUCCAGCCAUGCGCGAAACUACUGCACUUGGUGCAGCGAUAGCUGCCGGAUUUGCAGUUGGCGUCUGGAAAGAAUUUGACGAACUGAAAGGCAUUAACCAAAAAGAUCGUAUGAUUUUUGAGCCCGAUAUCAGCAAGGAAGAAGGUGAUAAGAUGUUCAAGAAAUGGGGACGGGCAGUAGAAAUGUGUCGUGGUUGGCUGGAUGCCAGCGAGGCCAAUGGAGAAUUCUCAUGA